GCUGCAAGGAGGGUCAGGCGGAGACUGGAUCCUCCGAGCUCGGGCCAUCUGCGCCGAGCUCGGUCUGAUGGUUCCACUGAAGCCCUAACCAGGGGGCCGGGGGUCCACGGAGAGGAUCUGAAACCCGGCGUCGGCUGCGGAUGACCGUGGAGGGAGUGGAGCCGCUUAUCCCAGCCUUUCCUCGCCGUGGCGCCGCAUUAGCAGCAUCUGUCGGGGGAUUUUUCUUCUUCUUCUUCUUCUUUUUUAUUUAUUUUUUUUAAUUUUCUCUUCUUCUUCUUCUUCUUCUUCUUCUAAACGGGUUAACGCUCCGUUUCUGCUGGAUAGAGGAAACACAGAGAAGAUCUAAGAGAGAUUACACCGGCUUGAGGAGGCUGCAGGGCGGCCCAAAGCCACGGAUUGCUCCGUUGACAGGUUGUCAUCAUGGGCAACGCGCCCACGGCCAGAAAGGGCAGCGAGAUGGAAAGCGUCAAGGAGUUCCUUGCUAAAGCCAAAGAGGACUUCCUCAAGAAAUGGGAGAAUCCUUCACAGAACACUGCUAGUCUGGAGCAGUUUGAGAGGUUGAAAACCUUGGGCACGGGCUCGUUUGGCCGCGUUAUGCUGGUGAAGCACAGAGAAACGGGACAGCAUUACGCCAUGAAGAUCCUCAACAAGCAGAAGGUGGUGAAGCUUAAGCAAAUAGAGCACACUCUAAACGAGAAGAGGAUCCUCCAGGCUGUCAGCUUUCCCUUUCUCGUGCGGUUAGAGUAUUCAUUCAAGGACAACACCAACCUUUACAUGGUUAUGGAAUAUGUACCAGGUGGAGAAAUGUUUUCCCACCUACGAAGAAUUGGCAGAUUCAGUGAGCCGCACGCUCGGUUCUACGCUGCUCAGAUCGUGCUGACCUUUGAGUACCUGCACGCUCUGGACCUGAUCUACAGAGACUUGAAACCUGAAAACCUGCUCAUAGACCAACAGGGCUACAUACAGGUUACAGAUUUUGGCUUUGCCAAACGGGUAAAGGGCCGGACCUGGACACUGUGUGGCACCCCAGAAUAUCUGGCUCCAGAGAUCAUCCUCAGCAAGGGAUACAACAAGGCAGUGGACUGGUGGGCGCUGGGUGUUCUCGUCUAUGAGAUGGCAGCAGGGUAUCCUCCUUUCUUUGCCGAUCAGCCAAUUCAAAUCUAUGAAAAGAUUGUAUCAGGGAAGGUUCGUUUCCCAUCUCACUUCAGUUCAGACCUGAAGGACCUACUGAGGAACCUCUUACAGGUGGAUCUCACAAAACGCUUUGGGAACCUCAAAAACGGAGUCAACGACAUCAAAGGACAUAAGUGGUUCGCAACAACUGACUGGAUUGCCAUCUACCAGAAAAAGGUGGAAGCUCCCUUUGUUCCAAAGUUCAAAGGACCAGGCGAUACCAGCAACUUUGACGACUAUGAAGAGGAGGAGAUCCGUGUCUCCUUCACCGAGAAAUGUGCCAAGGAGUUUGCUGAGUUCUAGAGUUAGAGGAGAAGAAAUAAGGAAAAUAGGGAAAGUCUAAGGUAGGCUGGUCAAACGGGAGACACAAGAAAAGUCUGCUGUCUUCUGUCCAAAUAUAAGCACCAGCUACAAAAAAGAAAAGGGAAAAAAUCGAAUAGAGGUGUGCGAAAAAAGAGAGCGGAGACUGAUAACCAGCAGUGUUGCCUUUUCUGUUGCGUUUCUGUUGUGUUUUAUUUAUUGUCGUCUUAUUUAUGAAUCCCUUUACAACGACGCUGUGUUUCAUGGGUGUCGGGAGCCCCACUAACUUAGAGUUGCCUCUACGCAUUUUCACCCGAGAUCUUCCCGUUUCUGCAUUCAUUUCUGUUCUGUUCAUUUCUGUGCCACAGCAAAAAGACAAGUCAACCAGUCGAUCUGCUGGUCAUUACAUGAGCGUGCACGUAAGAUAUCGUCAGUUUACACCGAUGAGGUGAAUUGAGCAAAACACAACACACGUUAAGAUAAAUGCCCAUGGGAUAUAUAUUUUGUCUUGAGUUCACCUGACCCAUUUCAUAGAUAUAAUACUUCAAAGGCACGAGAGGCCAAAAGAAAGAUGAAACAAAAAGUCAGGUACGUCUGUUGUGUAACUCCAUCUAUGGCUCUUAUUAUUGUUAAUAUAUACAGACUUUGUACAUAUCUGCAGUACUCCAUUUUUAAAUGUUAGUAGGUACUUAGUGGCUCCAGUGAAACCAUAUCACGCUAACGUACAGUACAAUGACAUACGAAUAAAAAGAACGGAUUUCUCUCAGUUUCAAUGGUGUUGUGAGAAAAACACCAACCGCAUAAUGGAAACUCAGGUUUGAACAUAUCACUUAACAGACAUUUAUCUCCAUGAAACCUAUGGAUCAGCAGGCAAAUCUCGGAGUACAGAUUUGGGAAUUUGAAGUUCUGGUUUUAAACGAGUUUAAAAGGAACACACACAAAAAAAGGGACUAUUUAGAGUUUUAGUUGGCGUCUUCCACACUUUAUCCCUUCCAGAAUAUUUGGUCAGUUUUGAUAAAAGUACUUCCUGUUUCAGCUCAGAGCUAAUUUACUACAUGAGAUUAUUCUACUUGUUGAAACAACCGCUUGGCCCCCUGGUUUUGACUUUUAGACACCGUGUGAGGUAGAAGACCUCCGACUGCUUCUGGCUGAGGGUCAUCAGUGCUCCAGUCUGUACGGAUGGCGAUCAGGAUCGUGUUCUUUACCUUGGUUGUUGCUGUUUGUUCAUAUCACAAAAGAGAACCAUGCAACUCUGUUAUCAUUUCCUUUGUGUGUGUGUUCAGGACAUGCACUAGUUUUGCUAAGUUUCAUUUUAUGUGUAUGUAUUGAUGAUCUGAAAAUGAUUGGUACUCUAUUUGUCAAGUUACAGAUGGGUGAACCACCAGGAGGUGAAUAAGCAUCGGGGAAUUUUGUAUUGAACAUGUGUUUCCUCAGUGAAUUUGUUUCCAAUGAGGCUAUUGGUAUAAUAUUCACACCAGAUGUUGCUAGCAACCCAAAUAAUCUGUACAUACAAAGAAAUAAAAACAUCUAAGUCCAUAAAUCAGGUUGUAUUUGAAAGAGAAGCUUUAAGACGUCUCCCGUAUGUAGAAACUAGUCAAAGUUCUCAGUUGUCAUUUUGAAUUAUUCUUUGAUAAAAACUGUCUUGAAAUUUCGUCCGGCCUCUCCGCCGCUCUCUGAUAACCAGUUAUUUCUGUAGUGUUUCCAAUUAUAUUCACGUCAGGUGAUUGACUAUGUUUUUGGGAUCAUUGUCUUUCUGAAACGUGCUGUUGCACUCCUUCCUAUCUUGCCACGUAUGCUGGCAUUUUAAAAGAUACCUGUUACACGAGUCUGAACAUGAGGAAAUUAAGGACAUUUUGCAAAACCUCAAAUUCUGUCAUGUUUUUCAAGUAUUUGUCCUACUUUUGAUCAGCUUUGUCUGUUUAUACUAGCGACAAAUAGGACCAAUUUUAAAAUGUUCUGCAGUUAUGACCAGUCAUGUAUUGCUUUUUCAUAACCACACCAUCUUUUAAUUUCUCCUUAGAAAGAUAAAAAACAGACCCUAUGGGUAUUACAUUUCUAUGCUCUGAGAGUGCCCCCUAGUGGUUCAAACAAUUACUAGCCAGAUUAAUCAAAACACAACAGCUACAGCUAAAAUAAUUUUGUGGCAGCUGCUGCAUGUAUACCUGACGUAUGAGAGCAACCACUCUCAUGUGGCAAGAUUUGGUUUAUAUUAUAAUUAAAGUUGAAUAUGCUACAGUGUUGAAUGUGUAGUGAUGCAAUAUGCACUAUUUUCCAAUCACAUAAUUUCCUGAGGCAAAAAAACUGAUACAAAAUAUUGUAACAAGGGCAUUACUAAGAAUAUCUUGGUACAUUUCUUCCUAUAAAUGCUGCCAGUACCAUAUCCUGUAAGACAGGCUCACACUAUAAUGUUCCCACCUCCAAACGUCACUAUCAACAUGGUGUUUUUGGGGUUGUUGGCCAGUGCCAUUUCUUCUCCAAACAUUGUGUGUGUAGUGACAUUCAAAGAGUUUAAUGUUGGUCUCAUCUAAAGAUGAUAAGCCAGUAUUCCACUGACUUGACCAAAAUGUUCUAUAGCAGACUUAAAGCAAGCUAGAGCAAACUUUCCGGUCAAUAAGGGAGUCUUGUAUAGUGAGGCCAUUGUGGUUGAGUUCAUCAUUUAUUUCCAUGAUAAAAAAAAAAAAUUGGAUUACAAAAGCUCAGUGAGACCAAAUCCUUUGCUUUUGGAGACCUGAUCUGAUUACUCUUUUUUGUCAGAAAUUUUACAAAAAAACACUGUGUUCUUUCCUCCUCGGAUAAUGGCUGUAAUGGUUCUCAUUCAGAAGCUUAGAAAUAUGUCUCUAACCAGUGCUAUUUGUAUUUUUGCAAUAAUACGGGUGAGGAGGUCGUAAAAUUGCUUCUUACGUUUUUCUUGCGAUGGCAUAAAAGAGAAAUUGUUUACGCUCUCGCCUAAAUCAGCUGUCAUGAAUUAUUGGUAACUGAACUAAUAUAAGGCAGGAUUGCUUACUACAUAGUUACAGAUUUCAGUUAUGUUCAGUUGCCUUUUUCUUUCAAGUUUAUUACAUAUGUUAUGUUGAUCUUGCUGUGAAUGGGAGUUUCUUGGGUUGUUACAGACAUCUAGUGUGAAUUUUAUGUCAGUUGAACUGAUAGAAAUUUAUUUACUGAGAAGAACUAUGUUUGAUCAUUGUUUUCCUGCUAUAGCUUGUUGAAAUAUCCUUUUACAUGUACAGUAAACAACCUGGUGAUUUGAAGUUUAUGACAAAGGCCACCUCAGGUGUUCGGGGGUCUCUUUGCUUGACAGUUUGAUAGCAGGGCAUUAUAACAAUGUCCUGAGAGGAUUAAAUUUUUGUUUCAGGCAUUAAAUUAUAAUUUGAUCUUUUACCUUAAUAGGGAUGUGAAAUAUUAUAGUUCAGAUAGGCACAAGGAAUUCCUUUCAUCAUGUUUUUUGUCAAGAGUCUCAACUUUGUGAAAAAUCUCAGAUAUGAGAAAAAUAUGAUCGGCCUUUUGUUUGAAAUACACAUCUGCAAUGUUACUAGUCUGUGUGCAUCAUUUGUAAAUUAGAGUGGUGUUUGAAACGGCUUAACAUGAAGGAAUUAUCCAGGUGGGCGACUUGGGUUCACAGUAUCCUUUACCCCAUGUGUCUCUUAGGAGAGACCAUUCCCAUCCAUGUAUCUACUGUCUUCCACUUAUCCAAGAUCUGGUCCAAGAGGAAUCCCCAGACAUCCCACCCCCACAUAAGCAUCAUCUAGCUCAUUCUGGGGGAUCCCAAAGGGUUCCCAUGCCAGAUGGGACAUAUAAUGGGAUGUGGCCAGAAAACCUCCAAAGGGAGGUGUCCAGGGAGCAUUCUGAUCAGAUGCCCUAACCACUUCAACUGACUGUUUCGAUGUGGAGAAGCAGUGACUCUACUUUCAGCAACCUCCCAGAGAUUCUCACCCUGUCUUUAAGGCAGAGUCCAGCCAUCCUCCAGAGGACGCUCAUUUCGGUCGCUUGUAUCCAGGAUCUCAUACUUUCAGCCUUUUUUCUUAUCUUAUUACCAUAGGUGAGGGUCAGAAUCUAGGUCAAUAAUUUGAGAGCUUAGCUCUUUUUUCAGCACAACACAUCACAACUGCAUACAAAGCCCCAGUCCAUCUGUUGAUCUAGCAUUCUAUCCUACUAUCACUUGGGAACAAGACACCUAGAUACUUAAACUCCUCCACUUGAGGCGGAGACUGACCCCUGACUGAGAGCGGAGCAGUCUUCCUUUCUCUGGCCAGGAACCUUGGCCUCAGACUUAAAGGAGCUGACUCUCAUCCUGGCUGCUUCACACUCUGCAUUGAACCGCUCCAGUGCCCAAUGGAGGUCAUGAGCUGAAAAAGCCAACAGAACCCCCAUCUUAAGUAAAAAAUGUAAAAAUGAGAUCCUGAGGUUUCCAAACCAGACGCCCUCUCCUACAGGACUAUUCCUUGAGAUCCUGUCCAUGAAUACCAGUGGAGUCCAAAGCACACUGGGAACAGGAUUGACUUUGUGCCGAGAAUACAGACCCCAGCUCUUGCUUUGGGAAUACAUAAAUUGGAUACCCAACCAGACACCCCAUACUUGUGAAGAACAGCCCCCAAAAUACCUGGGAUGGACCUGGUCAUAAGCCUACUCCAGAACCAUAAAACACAUGUAGAACUGACAAGCAUACGCCCUCAGCAGUUCCGCAAAUUAAAAGAUGUAGCCCACUGCUCUAUGAGCAUGACAAAAGCCACAUUACACUUCCUGUAUCCAAGGUUCAGCUAUCAGUCAAAUCCUCCUCUCUGACACCCCAGACUAAGCUCUCCCAGGGUGGUUGAGAAGUGUGAUUCCUUGAUAAUUGGAACACACUGUCAGCCACCCUUUCUUGAAAAUGAGGACCACCAGAUCAGUCUGCCACUCCAGUGGUGUUGUUCCAGUCCUCCAUGUGACAUUGAAAAGGUGUGUCAACCAUGACAGGCCCACGGUGUCCAGAGUCUUUAGAAUAUCAAAUUGAAUUUUCUAAACACCUGACACUCUACCACCAGUGAGCAUGUCAACUACCGUGGUGACCUCUGCCACUUAUCUGAGAUUGGGUCCAGGAGGAAACCCCAGACAUUCCUCCCUCCACAGUGACAUGAUCCGCUUGUUCCAAGUCUUCAGGCUCAGCCUCCUCCGUGGAGGACAUGGGUGACCGGAUUAAGGAGCUCUUAAAAGUCCUCCUUCCAUCAUUCAACAAUGUCCUCAGUCCUCUCUGAGUAGUCAAAAGGUUUCCCAGAACUUCCUGGAGUCCAAUUGAAAGUCUCUUUCCACAGCCUCUCUGAAUUCCUCCAAUGCCUGAUUUGUUGCUUAUGCAACUACAGAAGCCUCUGUCCUUUUAGCAACCCAGGACUUGUCAGCUGCUUUAGAAGUUCCCAGGAAUAUCCAACCCCAGACUCCUUCUACAGUCCUGAUGCCUUCCAUCACUACUGGUGUCCACUAAUGGGCCCUCUGGUUGCCAUCAAGAUAGACACCGAUACUAUUAAUGCCACAACAUUGACCAUGUUCACAAUGGAGAUUCUGAAUAUGGUUCAUUCAGAUUCCAUGUCCCCAGCCUCCUUUGAGAGAAAUUCUCCUGGAGAUGGGAAUUGAUCAUCACUGGGACAAGUUCCUCCGCCAAACAUUUCAGGUCACCCUUACCAGGUCUCCCCUGCCACUGGAUCCAAUUCACUACCAAGUGGUGAUUAGUUGACAACUCUGCCCCUCUUUUCAACUGAGUCUCCAAGAUGCAAAGCCGUUGGUCUGAUGAUAUGAUUACAAAUUUGAUCAUCAAAUUUUGGCCCAAGGAUUCAUGGUGCCAAGUACAAUUAUGAUUCACCUUGUGUUCAAACAUGGUAUUUAUGAACAUUUUGUGCCUCACACAGAUGUUCAACAACAAAACACCAGUCAGGUUCAGAUUGGCAAGGCCAAAUCAUCCCAAUCACACCCUUCCAGGUAACCCGGACAUUGCCUGCAUGGGGAUUGAAGUCCCCCAGGUGCAUCACUACAUCCCCAGAUAACACUGUCAGGAACUCCAAGAUUGUUGGAUAGCUAUUUUUAUGUGCACAGGGGACCAUUCCCUUUGACCACAUAGGGCCCCAGAUUUACACUGUGUUGACAUAGCUUGAACACAGAUAAAUGAUAUGAAGAGGCAGCGUGUCAGGCUGAUACAGUGAAGGUCUGAUUUGGCUUUAUCAAUAAACAUCAAAUAAGAGAACUUGCAGGAGGCGACAUAUACACAAUAUGUUAUCACGUCUGGUAAAAAUGUUAAUUACAGAAAUAUUUUAUUGUAGUACCAUAAUAUCACAUUUUUUAAAUAUUCCAACUUGUUAUUGAAGUAAAUUUACUCAGUGAGGAAUGAAAUACCAUGUUAGGAAAUAAUUGUUUUCAGCAAUGUAGUCAAUGACACAGUUACUGGGUGCCCUGUGUUAAGACUUCAAACAGCCACCUUUUUACAAUAGUACAGCACAACAGCAUUUACAGAGAUGGACCUUUGGCCGUUUUCCUUUACAUAAUCUCUCUAGAUUGUCCAGGGCCUUGGAUCUUCAGACUAUUUUCAGUUUACUGGUAAAGGCCACCAGGCUAUUCUCUAAAUCAUCAAGUAUUUCAAAGAAUUUAUGAUGCCAUAAUUAACAGACUCAGAGGGUUAUAGAUCCUCCAUCGUACUUCAGUGAACAUGACAUUUACACCUUCAUACUUUGUUUCCAACCCACUUACAGUGUUUGUUGCUGAAAAGCUUAAUCUCUGUUUCAUCUGACCAACGCUCAUACCGCUGUUCAAGGUCUCAGUAGAGUUUUGUAAGCUGUCCAUGUUUCUGUUAAUGAAGGAGGGAUUGAAAAAGCUUCGUGCCUCACAUACAGCUGGAUGGCUUGUAGACGGGAUCUCAUGCUUGUUAUGGAGACUUGGCGUCCCCAAGAUGUCAUUAUUUGCUGUUGUUGUUCUCAGUUCAGCUCUGUUCUCUGAAUUAAAAUGUUUCUAUUACAUCUAUUUUAAAGGGAUUGUUGGGACUACCAAAAAGAAUGGCUCUGGUAACUUUAUUUUAAAAAUCUAUUACAUUCUAUUAUUCAAUUAUUUCCCCCACUGAAUAAAGGGAAAGUUUGGACUUUCUAUUUUUUCUAGUGGGAGAUUAGCUCGCUGCAGUAAAUUCUGAAUUCGUUAUAUGUUGUUUGUUUUUUUUGUACACUUCUUUGCAAAAAUAGGUAUGUUUUGUCGGUACCCUUAUUACAAAUGCAGAGUGGGUUAAGAUCUAAAAACACUCAGUUCACAUCUCUCACAUCAUUUAACACAUAAGUGGUAAAUUUGUUUCAGUAUAAGCUGCUGGUUUUAUUGUGAAACUCUAAGGCAAAAGUGUGUUCACUGGCUAUAUUAUUGUUAUUACUGUGUGAACAGAGACAGAAUGCAAGUUUGGUCGAAUUUACAGUGGACCUGAAACACUUAAUUGCAGAAUAAAAACACGUACUACAUCUGAAACAAUGGUCCACUGUAAGAUUAUUUAUUUGACCUUGUGAUUCACAUUGAACUUUUAGGCCCCUUCAUAAAAUGACCUGAUGUUAUGCUUCACAUUUGUUUUUUCUUGUAUGUUAAAAGGUAGGAAAUGAACUACCACAAUAAAUCUGGGGCUUGUUUAUUUUCUUUAUGCCAUGUAAGGCCACUAGUUUGAAUUUAAAAAUGUCUCUCUUGAGUUGUUACGUUCAGUGUUCUGUCAAAUCUUUUCCUGAUGAAUCUGAAGGUAUGUUAGCAGACAGAUGGCAGCCUUCUGGUCGUCAUCCGCUUGCUCACUGAUUAUAAUAGCCUAAUUUAUAGACUAUUACUAUCAUCAUGAUAUUGUUUGCAUCUAUGGUUGGGAAAUCACCUCCCCAACAUUUCCUUCAUGUCAGGUUCAGUAUGCAGCAUCCUGGAGACACUUUUGCAGAGACACAACUUCUUCUCAGUGCAGGCACAAUGCUGGUACAUAAGAGCCUACAGUCGCACUUUUUAGGGAAAUGAGACCUCCCUCCUCCCCAGCCAGUGUAAACCAUAUCGACCCAUGCCACACACACACACACACACCCACACCCCUACACACACACACACAAAACACUCUUGUGAAGGGAAGCAUCUAAAGUCACGGGAACAGUGACAUAAAAACAAGUGUAAUAUUUUGCAACAUGAGUAUCAUUCCAAUAAAGUUUUACUUGUAAAAUCUCCCCUGAA